UCCUGGCGCAGGCCGACAUCAAGGUCUCCAUCAGCCAGUUCAUGUCCCACGUCCACAUGAGCGUUAAGGAGAUGUCCAAGACCUACCUGGCCAUGGAGAGACGCUACAAUUACACCACGCCAAAGACCUUCCUGGAGCAGAUCAAGCUCUACCAGAACCUGCUGUCAAAAAAAAGGAGCGAGCUCACCGCCAAGAUCGAGAGGCUGGAGAAGGGGCUGACAAAGCUGCAGAGCACGACGUCGCAGGUGGAUGACCUGAAAGCCAAGCUGGCGGUGCAGGAGACGGAGCUGAAGCAGAAGAACGAGGACGCGGAUAAACUGAUCCACGUGGUGGGCGUCGAGACGGAGAAGGUCAGCAGGGAGAAAGCCAUCGCUGACGAGGAGGAGCUGAAAGUCCAGGCCAUCAACACGAACGUGGCCGAGAAGCAGCGAGCCUGUGAGACCGACCUGGCGAAAGCGGAGCCGGCGCUUGUCGCCGCCCAGGAGGCCCUCAACACGCUCAACAAGAACAACCUGACAGAGCUGAAGUCCUUCGGGUCCCCGCCCCAAGCGGUGGUGAACGUGACAGCGGCUGUGAUGGUUCUGACGGCCCCCAAGGGCAAGAUACCAAAGGACAAGAGCUGGCAGGCAGCAAAAGUCAUGAUGGGAAAAGUAGAUACCUUCCUUGACGCCUUGAAGAGGUUUGACAAGGAGCACAUCCCCGAGGCCUGCCUCAAGGCAUUCCAGCCCUACCAGUCGGACCCCAGUUUUGACCCGGAGUUCAUCAUGUCGAAGUCAACGGCGGCGGCGGGGUUGUGCUCCUGGUGCCUAAACAUCGUCCGCUUCUACGAGGUGUUCUGCGAGGUGGAGCCCAAGAGGCGGGCACUAGAGGAGGCCAACGCUGAGCUGGCGGAGGCACAAGAAAAACUCAGUCGCAUUAAGAACAAAAUCGCCGACCUGAAUGCCAACCUGGCAGCUCUCACCGCAGAAUUUGAGAAAGCUACAGCUGAAAAAAUCAAAUGUCAGCAGGAGGCUGACGCCACCAACAGGGUCAUCACGCUGGCAAACAGGCUCAUCGGGGGCCCGGCAUCCGAAAACGUCCGCUGGGCUGAGUCGGUGGAGAUGCUGAGGGAGCAGGAGAAGACGCUGUGCGGGGACGUGCUGCUGGUCUCCGCCUUCGUCUCCUAUGUCGGCUACUUCACCAAGAAGUACAGGGCUGAGCUGCUGGAGAAGCACUGGGUUCCCUUCCUCAGCGGGCUGGCGGUCCCCAUCCCCAUCACCCCGGGGCUGGACCCCCUCAGCCUCCUCACCGAUUCUGCUGACGUGGCUGCCUGGAGCAACCAGGGGCUGCCCAGCGACCGCACGUCCAUCGAGAAUGCCCCCAUCCUCUGCAACACCCAGCGGUGGCCCCUGAUCGUGGACGCCCAGCUCCAGGGCAUCAAGUGGAUCAAGAACAAAUACGGGGAGGAGCUGCGGGCCAUCCGCCUGGGCCAGAGGAGCUAUCUGGACACCAUCGAGCAGGCGGUUUCCGAAGGACAGACGCUGCUGAUCGAGGACAUCGGGGAGACAGUGGAGCCGGUGCUGGACCACCUGCUGGGCAGGAACACCAUCAAGAAGGGCAGAUACAUUAGGAUCGGAGACAAAGAAGUGGAAUAUCACCCGCGCUUCCGCCUGAUCCUGCACACCAAAUAUUCCAACCCGCACUACAAGCCAGAGGUGCAGGCUCAGUGCACCCUGAUCAACUUCUUGGUGACCCGGGAGGGACUGGAGGACCAGCUCCUGGCUGCUGUGGUGGCCAAAGAGCGGCCGGACCUGGAGACCCUGAAGGCAAACCUCACGAAGAGCCAGAAUGAGUUCAAGAUCAAGCUGAAGGAGCUGGAGGACUCUCUGCUCGCCCGGCUGUCUGCUGCCGGGGGGGAGUUCCUGGGGGACACGGCGCUGGUGGAGAACCUGGAAACAACGAAGCGCACGGCCAUGGAGAUUGAGGAAAAAGUGAAAGAGUCUAAAGUCACCGAAGUCCAAAUAAAUGUCGCUAGAGAGAACUACAGGCCAGCGGCGGAGCGAGCGUCCCUGCUGUACUUCAUCCUGAGUGACCUCAACAAGAUCAACCCCAUCUACCAGUUCUCUCUCAAGGCGUUCAACGGUGUCUUUGAGAAAGCCAUUCAGCGCACGGCCCCCGACGACGACAUCAGGCAAAGGGUGGUCAACCUGACGGAUGAGAUCACCUACUCUGUCUACACAUACACCGCCCGGGGGCUCUUUGAGAGAGACAAACUCAUUUUCCUGGCCCAGGUCGCCUUCCAGGUCCUGACGAUCAAGAAAGAAGUGAACCCGGCAGAGCUGAACUUUCUUCUGCGCUUCCCAUCCAAGGCUGGCGUUGUGUCCCCCGUGGACUUCCUGCAGCCCCAGGGCUGGGGCGGCAUCAAGGUGCUCUCGGAAAUGGAAGAGUUCAAGAACUUGGACAGCGACAUUGAGGGCUCGGCAAAGCGAUGGAAAAAGUUUGUGGAGUCCGAGGUGCCGGAGAAGGAGGUGUUCCCCAAGGAGUGGAAGAACAAGUCAGCCCUGCAGAAGCUGUGCAUGCUGCGGUGCAUGCGGCCCGACAGGAUGACCUACGCCAUCCGGAACUUUGUGGAGGAGAAGAUGGGGAGCAAGUUUGUGGAAGGAAGGAGCGUUGAGCUCUUCAAGGCAUACAAGGAGAGCAGCCCCUCCACGCCCCUGUUCUUCAUUCUCUCCCCUGGCGUUGACCCACUGAAAGACGUGGAGGCCCUGGGCAGGAAGCUGAACUUCACCAUCGACAACGGGAGGAUCCACAACGUGUCGCUGGGGCAGGGCCAGGAGGCCGUGGCAGAACGGGCCCUGGAGGUGGCAGCCACGCAGGGGCACUGGGUCAUCCUGCAGAACAUCCACCUGGUGGCCCGGUGGCUGGGCACGCUGGAGAAGAUGGUGGAGCAGUACAGCCUGGGCAGCCACGCUGACUAUCGGGUGUUCAUGAGCGCCGAGCCAGCCCCCAGCCCCGAGGCACACAUCAUCCCGCAGGGGCUGCUGGAAAACGCCAUCAAAAUCACCAACGAGCCACCGACGGGCAUGUAUGCCAACCUGCACAAAGCCCUCGACCUCUUCACCCAGGACACGUUAGAGAUGUGCAGCAAAGAAAUAGAGUUCAAAUGCAUCUUGUUUGCACUCUGUUACUUCCACGCGGUGGUGGCCGAGCGGCGGAAGUUUGGCACUCAGGGCUGGAACAGACCUUACCCCUUCAACAACGGCGACCUGACCAUCUCCAUUAACGUCCUGUACAACUACUUGGAGGCAAACCCCAAGGUACCAUGGGAUGAUCUCCGGUACCUCUUCGGUGAAAUCAUGUACGGGGGACACAUCACAGACGACUGGGACCGCCGGCUGUGUCGGACCUACCUGAGCGAGUACAUCCGUGCGGAGAUGCUGGAGGGGGAGGUGUGCUUGGCUCCAGGGUUUCUGAUCCCUCCCAGCUUGGAUUACAAGGGGUACCACGCGUACAUCGACGACAACCUCCCGCCCGAGAGCCCCUACUUGUACGGCCUCCACCCCAACGCAGAAAUCGGCUUCCUGACUGUCACAUCAGACAGGCUUUUUCGGACGGUGUUGGAAAUGCAGCCCAAAGAAUCGGACGCCGGCGGCGGCUCAGGUGUCUCCCGAGAGGAAAAGGUGAAGUCGGUCCUGGACGAGAUCAUGGAGAGGCUGCCGGAGCCCUUCAACAGCCCCAGCCUCCCACCCCGGGAUGAGUUUGAGACCAAGUACUUCCAUCAGCCUGGCUUUCUUCAGACAAAACUGCCCAGACUUCUCUUUUUAAAGGGAGAGCUAACGAUUACAUCGGAUAUGGAAGAACUGGCAAACGCUCUCUUCUACGACAGCGUUCCCGAGUCCUGGACACGCUACGCCUAUCCCUCACUUCUCAGCUUAGGAGCCUGGUACGCAGACCUGCUCCUUCGGAUUAGGGAACUGGAAGUCUGGACGACGGACUUUGUGCUGCCUGCAACAGUGUGGCUGGCUGGAUUCUUCAACCCCCAGUCCUUCCUCACUGCUAUCAUGCAGUCCAUGGCCAGAAAAAACGAAUGGCCUCUGGACAAGAUGUGUCUUUCGGUGGAAGUGACGAAGAAAAACCGCGAGGAUAUAACAGCUCCACCCAGAGAAGGGUCCUACGUGCACGGAUUAUUCAUGGAAGGCGCUCGAUGGGACAUCCCUUCUGGUGUGAUCACAGACGCUCGACUGAAGGAGUUGACGCCCGUGAUGCCAGUCAUCUUCAUCAGAGCCAUCCCCGUGGACCGCGUGGACACCAAGAACGUCUAUGAAUGUCCUGUCUAUAAGACACGGAUGCGAGGUCCCACCUACGUCUGGACCUUUAACCUGAAGACAAAAGAAAAAGCUGCUAAAUGGAUCCUUGCCGCUGUUGCUCUGCUCUUACAGACCUAAACUUUGAUGACUACAGAAAACAGCAAACGCUUGAUAUUGCAAAAAAAUGCAAAGUUGUGUAACUGAGCCGAAGUCUGAUUAUUGUUCCAGGACUAUUUUAGCAAAGUGUCAAUAAAAACAGUGCUGGAACUGCUGUCAGGCAGA